GAAUAUCUUAUAAAUGCGCGACAGCAGUUUAAAUGUAUCACAGUAUACGGUAGAAUCACUCGCGUGCUGCAAUUAGUACCUUCCGAGGAGUCUAAGAAGUAAGAAUGAAGACCGUCGCGAUAAUCUCGAGUGUGUUUGCCCUCGCAACGGUGAUUUACAGUGCCGACCCGAUUGCGCUACAGAAAUUCCGGAAAAAUUAUAAGAAUUGCGCUCAAAUGAUGAAUGUUUCAACUGAGGCCCAAAUACAGGUGGCCUUAUGUGCAGUAAUCCAGGAAGGUGACAUAAUAUACGCAAAUGGAGAAUACAAUAAAAACAUAAUUUUAGGCAAAUUUGAAAAAUGGAUUUCUAACCCGGUCAAUUUGCAACGAGCACAAGAGAAAUUUCUCAGAUGCGAUUAUGAGGCGACUCGAAGCGGAGCAUACGGUAUAGCAAAGACGAUGCAAGUCUCAAUAUGCGUGACGCCAGUUAUAUCUCUUAUAAUGCAAGAAAUGUGAAAAUGGAGAAUAGAUUCUCUUCAAAGUAUAGUGAACAAAACGUUAUCUAUGAAAAGAAAUUUUAAUUAUGAAUGAAUAUGAUUAAUUAUCUUUUGCAUUUUAAACGAAAAUUUACUGAAACAGAGAUAAAAAUUCCUAAAAAAACCGUGUGCAAUGCGCCGCAAAGGAGACAAACCUACUCUGUAAGUAAUAAAAUUCACAAUGUUCAGUUGUAAUUAGUAUAUAAGAAAAAAAUUUUCUUAAUAAAAAUUUUCAUAAUAAAAAUAGUCUAGUAAAAUCGGAGAUUCAAAACCUAAAA